CUGCACAUUGCUCAGUCAACAGGAGGAGCUCAAAUCAGCCACAGAGAAUAACCAGAGACAUACUGAGAGCCCAGGAACGUCCCCUAACUCACUCUAGACCAAUCAGCAUCGAGAGUCUGGACCUGAAGGUGUGUUUAAGAAACAUGGGUAGAAUAUCAGGAAGCUGUAGACAACUCAGACUGAAGUUAGACUGGAGUGAACUAAAGCAAACAGUGGCCAUGGACAAACCAGUGUGCUUGAUUGACACGGCGUCUGAUGGGAAGCUGUGUGUCCAGCAGUCAGCGUUGCAGGUUCUGGAGCAGAUCCAGCAGCCCGUGGUGGUGGUGGCCGUGGUGGGUCUCUACCGCACCGGGAAGUCCUACCUGAUGAACCGACUGGCAGGGCAGCAAACAGGGUUUGCACUGGGCAGCACAAUCGAGUCCAAGACGAAGGGCAUCUGGAUGUGGUGCGUGCCUCACCCCACUAAAGCAGAAACCACUCUGGUGCUGCUGGACACCGAGGGACUCGGGGACGUGGACAAGGGGGACUCGAAGCAUGACACCAACAUCUUCUGUCUGGCUGUGUUACUGAGCAGCACUCUGGUCUACAACAGUCGAGGGACGAUCGACAACAGGGCUGUAGAGGAGCUGCAAUAUGUUACUGAACUAACAGAGUGCAUCAAGGUCAAAUCAUCGUCAGACGAGGAUGUUGAUGAUUCAAAUGAGUUUGUGAAGUUCUUCCCUAGUUUCAUCUGGGCAGUGAGGGACUUCACCCUGGAGCGAAAGAUUGAUGGCAAAGAUGCAACAGAGAAUGAAUAUCUAGAGUUUGCUCUGAAGCUGAAACAUGGAACAUCCAAAAAAGUGAUGGAGUACAACCUUCCCAGGGAGUGCAUCCAAAAAUUCUUCCCCUCCAGGACGUGCUUCACGUUCCCGUUUCCAACCGCCCCAGAGAACGUGUCUCGUCUGGAGAGACUGGAUCCUGCUGAACUUUCCUCUGAGUUCCUGGAGGUUACAGGACGUUUCUGCAAGUUUGUCUUUGACAAGAGUGAUGUGAAGAAGCUGAAAGAUGGAUACACAGUCACUGGCAGAGUUCUGGGUCAUCUGGCAAAAACAUUCACAGACACCAUCUCUAGUGGGGCUGUGCCGUGUCUGGAGAAUGCUGUGAUCGCCAUGGCAAUGAUUGAGAAUCAAGCUGCGGUGAAGGAGGGGCUUGAGGUGUACCAGAGUGGAAUGGAGAAGCUGAAGAACUCCUUCCCUCUGGAAUUAAAGGUUGUGUCCUCCGAACACCAACGUCUCAGUGGCAUGGCAACCCAAACCUUCAUGACUCGAUCUUUCAGGGACACUGACGGGAAGCACCUGAAAUCUCUAGAGGAGAAAGUUAAUAAACUCUUUGAUGGAUACCUGUGCCAAAAUGAGCAAGCUUCAAAGAAAAGAUGCGAGGAUCUCCUGUCAUCCCUCACAGCAACAAUGAAUGAAAAACUCAAACAGGGCAUCUAUGCUAAAUCUGGUGGCUAUGAUCUCUUCUGCAAGGAUCUGGAGGACAUUGUGAAGAAAUACAACAGCCAGACCAAUAAAGAAGUCAAGGCUGAUGCGGUCUUAGAGGUGUUUCUGAAGCAGAAGUCUGUGGAUUCUAAAGCUAUUCUGCAGGCCGACAAAAAACUGACUGAGAAGGAAAAAAAGAUUAAAGAGGAAACAGAGAAAGCCAUACUCCUGCAGCAGGAAAUCAAAGCUAAAGAGGAGGAGCAGCGACAGUUACAAGAGAAGAUGGAAGCAGAAAAACACAGUAAUGAAGAGAGGAUGAGACAGAUGAGGGAGAAGAUGGAUGAGGAGAUGAAGCUUCAGAAAGAGGAGGCAGAGCGAGCCAUGGACAGCAAACUGAGGGAGCAGGCCGCUCUGCUGGAGAAGGGCUUUCAGGACAAGGCUGACAGGAUGAGCCAGGAGAUGGAGGAGUUCAAGAGACAGAACACUGAAGCUGAGAGUAACAGAGCUCGAGAGUUUGCAGAGCUGUUAGAAAACUCCAACAAGAGACAUGAGGAGUCUAUGGCUAUGAUGAUGCAGCAGCACAGUGAACAGAUGCAGGCUUUACAGCGGCAGAUGAGUGCGCGCUCUUCAGAUGGAUGUUGCAUCUUGUGAAAUGCAUUAACUCUGUGAUCAUCAGAGGCAUGUAAUUGUACAAUGCAAUUUACUUACUGUAAAAUGAUUCUGUACCUCUACAUAUAACAGCAUUGAAAGUAUUGACUCCAUAUACAGUUAAACUACAGUAAUUGAGUAGUAAUUGACCCUUUGCAAAGACCUGUCCUCCUUAGUUUCCGGUUUUGUUGCUCUCUAAUGUGUUUUGUGAUUAGGGUUGCAAAGCGGUGGAAAAUGUCCGGAAACUUGGCACACAAGAAAGUGGUAGAGUGUAACGGAGUACGUUUUUAACUUAAUUUUCAGCUCAAAACAUCACAAAAUUACAUAGCUAUCCACCUUUUUUGCAAUACAGAAGCUCUUUUCUGUGAGAGACUUCAAAUUCAUUAGCUGCUAAUUGCCUUUUUCCUAACGAGGCUACUGCGUUUUAAAUGAUGGAGGGCACUUCCGGUUUGGGGAAGUUCCCCUCAAAAGACUAAAACAAAUCAUUUCAAAAUCAUAAGGUUGUGAUAUGUUAAGUAAUAUGAUAAAUGUAAGUAAUAUGAGCAAAAUACUAGUUUCCAGUAUGAAGAGAGCAAAACAUUUGAAAAUGAUUUUGUUAAUUAAAUAUAAGCGAAUGAGCUGAGGGCAACGACUCAAAAAAGUCUACCCGCAUUUUGUUUGUUGGCCACAGAUCUGAAAUGGUUAACAGUUUGGAUUUUCAGGAUGUGAAUAACCCAUUAUAACUGCAGAUAAUUAUAUUUUAAAAACAAUAAAACAAUUACUACAAUUA